AUGAUUAAAGUUGCCGAACUUUUUGCAGACGAAGAUAAAAUAGUUAAAGAACGAAUAAAUGCUAAAAAUGAACUCGAAUCAUAUAUCUAUUUAUUGAGAAAUCAAUUAAAAGAUCUGAAGACAUUCUUCGAAGAAUUGUUAUCAAAAGAAAAGUCAAUAAUUACAAAUGCUAUUGAAAAUCAAAUCAAAUGGAUCGAUACAAAUCCAAAUGUCAAAGUUGAUCAAUUCAGAAAGCAGAAAAAACAACUUGAAACAAUUAUUCUACAAAUUAUGAGCAAAAUUCAUGGAUAUAAUGUAAACAAUACCCAAUCACAGUCAUUUCAAUACUAUGGAGAAUUGUGA